CCCCGGUCCCGGCGUGGCUGCAGCCGCGGUACCUUCCUUCCCCAACUCCGAGCAACUGGCCCGAGCAAAGUAUCCGCCCCCUUUUUUCCACAUCACGCCGCCCCCCACCCCACCUCCUCCUCUUCCCCCACUGUUCCAUCGUCCUUGCGCUCGACCCCCUCCCCGCCGGCCCGUCCCUCGCUCGGCACACAAGCCGCCUCCGCGCCUCGAUUUCCGAAACGCCCCCGGCUCCAAUGGCGCUGCCCUACCUGGAGGCCGUCCUGUGCUUUAUGACUCUCAAUUACAUAUUUGAGACAUAUCUUAACAUCAGGCAGCAUAGAGCCCUUAAGUUACCAACAUUGCCAAAAUCCCUGGCAAAGGUAAUUAGUCAUGAAAAAUUUGAGCAGGCGAGAGCUUAUAGCCUGGACAAAAGCAAUUUCAAUUUUGUACGUGAGGCCAUAACUAUAGUAUGCGAUAUCGUGAUACUGUACUAUAAAGUUCUUCCUUGGUUUUGGACGAAAUCUGGAGUGUUAGUAACCAAUGUUGGCCUGAAUGCAGAAAAUGAGAUAAUACACACCCUUGCAUUCUUAGCAGGUGUCAUGGUUUGGUCACAGAUCACAGACUUGCCAUUCUCUCUGUACUCUACUUUUGUUAUUGAGGCUCGACACGGGUUUAACAAGCAAACAUUCUGGCUCUUCAUUUGGGACAUGAUCAAGGGAAUUUUGCUGUCCGUUGUACUCGCACCACCAAUUGUGGCUGCUAUCAUCGUUAUAGUACAGAAUGGAGGGCCUUACCUAGCAAUAUAUCUCUGGGGUUUUAUGUUUGCGCUAGCUCUGCUGAUGAUGACAAUUUACCCUAUCAUGAUAGCUCCUCUGUUCAACAAAUUCACUCCUCUUCCCGAAGGCUCGCUCAGGGAGAAAAUAGAGAAGUUAGCAGAUUCCCUCAAGUUUCCUCUGAAAAAGCUUUUUGUGGUGGAUGGGUCUACUCGAUCAAGCCACAGUAAUGCUUACAUGUAUGGGUUUUUCAAGAAUAAGCGCAUUGUUCUCUAUGACACAUUGAUACAACAGUGUAGUAAUGAUAAUGAGAUCGUUUCUGUUCUUGCGCACGAGCUUGGGCACUGGAAACUCAAUCACACUGCAUAUUCCUUUGUAGCUGUGCAGGUGCUUACAUUUAUGCAAUUCGGAGGAUACACUCUUGUAAGGAAUUCCAAAGAUCUCUUUGAAAGUUUUGGUUUUGAGGAUCAGCCGGUAAUCAUUGGACUGAUCAUUUUUAUGCACACCAUUAUACCCGUCCAACACCUUCUGAGUUUUUGCCUCAACCUUGUCAGCAGAGCAUUUGAAUUUCAGGCUGAUGCUUUUGCCAAGAACCUUGGGUAUGCUCCCGAGCUCAGGGGAGCCCUUGUUAAACUACAGGAAGAGAACUUAUCUGCAAUGAACACAGAUCCGUGGUACUCAGCAUACCACUACUCCCAUCCACCCCUUGUUGAAAGACUGUCUGCUCUUGAAGACCUGGAUAGCAAGAAAGAUAACUAAUGGGAGAUGAUCUCAUACUUGAUGCGCAUAUGCCAACUAUCAUGGCAUCGCUUCAAUCUCAAUGUAGUAGGGAUUUAUAUGCAUACAGGGAUCUGUAUGAAAACGUGCACCUCUAGGUUAAGAUAUGUAUCGUUCGUCGAUUGACUUACUGUCUUAUUGACCUAUAUACACACAGGAUUGUUGGUCCUUUGACAUUGACAAAUAGAAGUUGAUCAGCUACGAGAUGUUCA